GAAAGUCACAAUCCUCUUGUUUACAAAAAUUUUCACGACACGUAAUAUUUUGGUAAAGGUUCUUUUAAUAUAGUCUUCAAACAGUUUAAAAACAUCAAAAAUGAAAAGAUUACAAUGGAUUUUCAUGCUAACAUUUGUUAGUUUGUGUAUUUUUCUUGUUCUCGUGAAUUGUAAUGAUCUCAAAGGAUUUGAUGACAACAAUCUUUUCUCACUCAAUUGGCCAGGGGAAAAAUUAUUGGAUAUUCCAACAGAUGCAGAGAGCAUAAUCGUCACUAGUCAUGCUAAAGAAAAAUAUCAAUGUUAUCUACCAAAGCUAUCACAAAAAGACGAUGCUGAGAAUCCAUCAACAUUAGAAACAAGCGCUCUUGAUUAUAUUGAGCCGCUUUUCACAGGUGAUGUUUGUUCAUACCGAAUUGAAUCUUAUUGGACUUACGAAAUAUGUCAUGGAAAUUAUAUUAAACAAUAUCACGAAGAAAGAGAUGGAAAAAUGUCAAAAGUUCAAGAAUAUUAUCUUGGUAAAUGGAAUAAAGAGAUGACUGUGGAACUUCGUAAGAAAUUAGAAAGCAAUAAAGAUGAGAAGUUAAAAUUUAAAAAAAUCGAUGGGCUCAACUUGCCAUACUUUGAAGUGGAAAUGACUGAUGGGACAAUUUGUGAUUUAAAUAAUGAACCUCGAGUGACAAGAGUUCUUUAUGUAUGCUAUGCUCAUGGCAAAAAUGAGAUUUUCUCCUUAAAAGAAACUUCAAGUUGCAACUAUGAAAUCGUUGUAUUAACACCUAAUCUUUGCUUACAUUCAAAAUACAAAGUUCAAGAUACAAAAGAUAACGCAAUUAACUGCUUUCCAUUGGAGAAUGCGCCGAAGAAACCAAAAAGUCUUUUGGCUAUGGAAGUUGAAAGCAUGAAGCUACGCUACCAAAAGUUAAUGGAUGUUAACAAAGGAUUGAAAGAUGCUAUAGCAGUUUUUAAAGUAGAUUCGAAGGAUGGUAAGCUUACAAUGGAAUUUGUUGAUGAUUUGAACACAAAGCAGAUUGAAGAUCUUUUUGGAAAAUCAGAUGAGGCUGAAAAACCACCGAAAUCUUUUCCGGUUCUGAGCAGUGUAGCUGAUGACACUUCUCAAGUAGAAAAUUUCCUUAAAGGCAAAAAUUGUUUAACGGGAGGUACAGGAUGGUGGAAGUAUGAAUUCUGUUAUGGAAAAUAUGUACGACAAUUUCAUGUUGAUAAGUUUGGAGGCAUUACUCAUAUUUUUCUCGGAGCGUUUAAUGAGAAAGCCCAUAAAGAAUUUCUUCAACUUCACCCUGAAAAGCGUCCAAAGCCAAAAGCUCAACGAAAACAAGUUACACAUUUCUAUAAUGAAGGAAGUUUUUGCGAUAAAAUAGGUCAACAUCGUCAAACGGAAGUUAUCUUAAAAUGUCUAGAGAACGCACCAUCACGAUCAACAGUCAGUUUAUAUCUUCUUGAGCCUAAAAUGUGUUCGUAUAUUUUAGGUGUUGAGUCACCGUUAAUUUGCGAUAUUCUUGACAAGGUUGAUGAAGAUGGUCUCGUUCCUAUUAAUAAGUCAUCAGAUGAUGUUGUGAUAGAUCAGCUGGAAGUCACUUUUCAAAAUGAUUAGAUAUAAUAAUAAAUAAUUUUCAUCCGAAGAAAAAAAUAUAAAAUAAGAUUUAAA